UGGGGGGCUGACGGGGAUGCAGCCUCUGUCUUGGUCUCGCUGGGAGCGGAAGUGAAUCACAAGGACAGGGAAGGCAACACAGCACUUCACUGCUGCGCGGCGAGAGGGGAGGUGGAAGUGCUGGCGAUGCUGGUGAAGACGAAAGGAGACAUCGAGGCAAAGAACCUCAACGGGGAUACGCCGCUGAUGGUUGCUGCGUUCUUCGGGAAAGCGGAAGUAGUCAAGAAGCUGAUCAAGUAUGGUGCUGACGUCAAUGCAUUCAACUCGCUUUUUUACACGGCAUUGGACAUUGCA